CUUCCUUGUUCCGUCUCCCUACCAAAAUUAAAAGAAGGGCGAGAGGUGGAGGCAAGGAGCGAUGGGAAAGUCCUCCGUCCCCGUAGCUCUGAUCUACGUCACCGUAGCUAUCCUCCUCCUCGUCCUCCUUUCUCUGGCCCCUAGCCGCCCUCACCGCCCUCACCGCCGCCUCAAGCUUCGGUCCUCGUUCUCCUUCUCCGCCCCGCCCGCUGCCCACGACCGCCGGAUCCCCUUCGACCCCAUCAUCGUGGGCAUCGAGCGCCGCCGGGAGGACCGCGAGUGGGAGCGGGCCUACUUGUCCCCCCACAGCGGUGGCGGCGAUUCCGCCCCGGCCAUGGAGGCCCAACCGGAGUGGGAGGACUUCGUCGACGCCGAGGACUACAUCGACGAGGACCGUUUCAACAUCACACAUCGCAUCAUCGAUCUCUUCCCCAAGAUUGACGUUGGCCCCGCCGACGGCUUCGUGAGCUCCGACGAGCUCACCCAGUGGAACCUCAAGCAGGCGGAGAGGGAGGUGAUGCACCGGACGGAGCGGGACAUGGAGCUCCAUGACAAGAACCGCGAUGGAUUCAUCUCGUUCCAUGAGUACGAGCCCCCCAGCUGGGCCCACCGGUUCCAUGAUAGCAAUUCGACUGAUGAUAAAGUGGGUUGGUGGAAAGAGGACCACUUCAAUGCUUCAGAUGUAGAUGAAAAUGGUCUUCUAAAUCUAACUGAGUUCAAUGACUUCCUACAUCCAGCGGACAGUAGCAACCCAAAGCUGAUGCACUGGUUGUGUACAGAAGAAAUAAGGGAAAGAGAUAAAGACAGAGAUGGAAAACUAAAUUUUCAAGAAUAUUUUAAGGGGUUAUUUGACUCACUUCGAAAUUAUGAUGAAGUUUACAUUCCUACAGAUCAGUCUGAUACUUCAGUGGAGGCACCGGCUAAGAAAUUAUUCUCAAAGCUUGACCAAGACAAUGAUGGAUUAUUGUCGGAAGAUGAACUACUACCUGUAAUUGGCAAUCUUCACCCAUCAGAACAUUACUAUGCAAAACAACAAGCUGAUUAUGUUCUGAUGCAGGCGGAUACAGAUAAAGAUGGGCGCUUAAGUUUGAGAGAAAUGAUUGAAAACCCUUACGUAUUCUACAGCGCUAUUUUCAGUGAGGAAGAUGAGGAGGGAUUUCAUGAUGAGUUCCGUUAGUCAUCUCCAGGUUGGAAGACUGUAUAUUAAUUAUGUCAUACAAGUAGUCAAAAUAAGCUUUGUACUAUUCUAUUUCUAUGUCUGCAUCUGAGCUAACCCUUGAGCAUAGCAGCACAGGGACAAUGACACCUGGAUUUUCCAUGAUUAGCUACAUGGCUGAUUCUUUUUAUUUUUUUUUUUGUGCCAGAAGAUCAACGUGUUCCACAUCUAAUUGCACAUAUGUAGAAUAGAAUGGCCAGUAAUGUGUAUUACAUUGUAAUCUUCUCCCCCUCAAUUUUAUUUGCCAGAUUGUAUUGUCUUCUUUUCCAGCAUGAUGAUGGACUCAGCAGAUAUGUUUUCUGAUGUAUUGAAAUUUGCUCUUGACUACCUUAGACUGA